CGUUGGGGGUGAGGUGUCUGUGGAGGAGGUGCAGCCUCAGGCCGUUGCCGGAGGCGUCUGAUCCGUGUCUUAUCAGUUCUGAAGACUGUACACAAGUGGAGCCGAAUAAGGACAAGCUGAAUUGUUCUGCUUGGCUUUUAGGUGCCUGCCUUGUCAGCCCUCCAGCUGUCCCUGGAAAGACACCAUGCCUCGCGGUCAGAAGAGUAAGAUCCGUGCCCGGGAGAAACGCCAACAGGCCCGUGGCAUGACCCAGAGCCCCAGGGUCCCUCAGAUCACCGCAGAAGGGGAAGAAGAGUCUUCCCCGUCCGCCUCUCCUGCCUGUGGAGGACGCAGCUCUCCUUGCAGCUCUCCUGCUGCCUGCUCUCCCCCAGAGUCUCAGGGAGACCCACCCACUAGCUCCCCUGAUGCAGGUGCCUCAGGCACAAAAUCUGAUGUAGGGGCCCAGAGCCUGGAGGAGGCAAGUCCAAUAACCUCUCAGGCAGUUUGCUGCCCUAUGGUCAUGCAGAAUAAGCAGCACUUCCCUGAGAUUUUGAGGAGAGCCUCAGAGCGCAUGGAGCUGAUCUUUGGCCUAGAGUUGAAGGAAGUUGACCCUGUCAGUCACUCCUAUGCUCUUGUGAGCAAGCUAGGCCUCUCCAACGAGGGAAGCGUGAGUGGUGACAAGGGGCUACCCAAGACCGGUCUCCUGAUGACGCUCCUGGGUGUGAUUUUCAUGAGGGGUAAUCGUGCCACUGAGGAGGAGAUGUGGGAAUUCCUGAAUAUGUUGGGCUUAUAUGCUGGGAGGAGCCACUUAAUAUUUGGGGAACCCCACAAGCUCAUCACCGAAGAUUUAGUGCGGGAAAAGUACCUGGUGUACCAGCAGGUGCCCAACAGUGACCCUCCAUGCCAUGUGUUCCUGUGGGGUCCCCGGGCCUAUGCUGAAACCAGUAAGAUGAAAGUCCUGGAGGUUUUGGCUAAGAUCAGUGACACAGUCCCUAGUUCCUUCCCUUAUCUGUAUGAAGAGGCUCUGAGAGAGGAGGCAGUGAGGGCAGGAGGGAGAUUUGCAGGCAGGAUUGGCACUGUGGUCCAGGUCAGGCCAGGUCCUAGGGCCAUGUCCCACUGCUCUACCCACAUCUAG